CAUCAGUUUCAGUUCCUCUGUGAGAGUUUGGGAGUUUGAACCUUUAGAGGAAUAGUUCAGGUCAGUCUCUGCAGAGAAGUGGUGUAUGUGAAAAUGGGAGGCUCCUAUUGGCUGUUGUUGCUGGUGGGCGGGAUUUUGCUUCUGUCAAUCAACUGUGGUGAUGCCAGUUGUCCGCAAGAUGGGCGUCCGGGAGUGAACGGAGGACCGGGACGAGACGGUCUUCCAGGGCCCAAAGGAGAGAAGGGGGAGCCAGUGCUGGAGCAGUACACUGGCUCUCGCCUGACGCUGAAGGGAAUCUCUGGGCCACGCGGUGCCCAGGGGCCGAUGGGCCCAAAGGGUUACAGUGGGCAGCUGGGCCCGCGUGGAGAGCCUGGUUCAACAGGGAAGCCAGGCCCGGACGGAGUGCAGAUCGGACAGGUUAAGAAGGCUCCUCAGAAGAAAAGCGCAUUCUCUGUGAUCCGAACAAACAACAGAUAUCCUCAGGUUGGACAGAAUGUGGCGUUCGAGAGUGCUGUGGUGCUGACCAACCCAAGCGAAUUUAACUUGCAGACUGGAGUGUUCACCUGCAGCGCACCUGGAAUCUACUAUUUCACCUUCAACAGCGUCGCCAAGGUGUCCAUGUGCCUGGCCAUUAACAGCAACACCCUGAAUGCAAGACUAGGUUUCUGUGAUCACAACAACCGCAAUCUUGACCAGGUCCUUUCUGGGGGUGUGGUGCUUCAGUUGGAGGCAGGACAGCAAGUUUGGCUGGAAUCUUUUCGUGAAAUUCAGCAGAGCUCAGACUUUAACGACAGAAGAGACAAACAAGUCAUCUUCAAUGGCUUCCUGCUCUUCUGAUUCUGAAAUCUGAUAUUUCCAUGCACAGUUUUAUUCUCUUUUAAGGACUUUUUCAAUAAAUGUUAAGAAAGAAAGUGUGAAAAUAAUUCUUUAUUAAAGUGCUGCAGCUGUAGGUUUUUGUUUCACCAUAUUUAUCUUGUGGUUUAAAAAAUCCUUGUCAUAUUACAAAUGAUUAAGUUUAAAUACCUUGUCAUUUGUCUCCAUGGAGAUGUUAUGUCUGCAUAUCUUGCAUUUAUGUCAUUAUGGAUGUUAUUUUUGCUCGAAAAUAGACUGAAAAACAUGCAUUCUUACGGGGCUCACCUCUCCAUAGAUGUGACCUGUAACUUGGCCUGGUAGUACCCUGUGUCAGUAUGGAAAUAGUUAAAUCUAAUGCUAUAUUGUGGAACAUUCAGGAAACAUAAUAAAAUCUCCU